CAUACACACAUACAGUCACGGCCUCUCCCGGGCUCGUUUCCGUGUCUUUCUUGUAUUUAUCGGCUAAAACAGGGAAACGAACCGUCGUCAACACCCGGACUGAGCGCCUGCUGAAACGGCCAUUAAACUUCGCUUCAACACGGUAAUGUGCUUUAGUUAAUGACGACUUGUUCUCUACGGCUAUGGAGGGGACCUCCUGUUAAAAAGACUAACACUUUCCACCAGUUUAAAGUGACUCUGUUGGUGGACAGAAAGCACAAGACGCUAGCUAAGUAACUGGCAUCUUAAUCUGUAUUUGAAUCGGUUAACGUGUGGAGACUUGGAGCAGCAGCCAUGGCAGUAGGACGGUCAGCUCUCAGUCUGUUCACCCUGAUGUGUUUACUCUUCCACCGCUGCGGUUCCUUUAACCUGGAUGUGGACAAACCCUCCGUGUAUACCGGACCGGAGGGAAGCUACUUCGGCUUCUCGGUGGACUUCUUCAAGCCCUCAAACAAUCAAAGGUCAGACGUUCUGAUUGGAGCUCCUCGGGCCAACGCUUCUUCAUCCAGCAGCAUUGUGGAGAGAGGAGCUGUGUACAGCUGUCCCUGGAAGAGCUCAGACUGCGAGGAGCUGCUCUUUGAUAACUCGGGUGACAGGAGGAACAGUCAAGGGGCUCAGAUGGAGUUUAAAUCUAAGCAGUGGUUUGGUGCCUCAGUGCGAUCAGAUGGAGAACACAUUCUGGCCUGUGCUCCUCUGUACCAGUGGUCCACCUUUGGUGUCUCUGAGCGAGAGCCAGUGGGAACAUGUUACCUGAUGAGAGGAAACAAAGUGGUGGAAUACUCACCCUGCAGAUCAGCGGCCAACUCACCAGAAGGGCAGGGCUUCUGCCAAGCUGGCUUCAGUGUUGACUUUCUGAAGAAGAACAACAGAGUGGUGGUGGGUGGACCUGGCAGCUUCUACUGGCAGGGCCAGCUGAUUUCCGAUGAUGUCUCUGAGAUUUUUCAACGGUUCAACAAUGAUUACAUUACUCCCUAUGGAAAUACCCUGGCCACCAAGUCAGCCGAGGCCCUGUUUGACGACAGUUACCUAGGAUAUUCUGUGACAAUUGGAGACUUCAAUGAUGACGCAAAGGAAGAUUAUGUGACUGGAGUACCCAGAGGGCAAAAAGCACUGGGCUAUGUGAACAUCUUCAACGGCCACAACAUGGAGUCCAUGAUCAACUUCACAGGAACUCAGAUGGCUGCUUACUUUGGCCACUCAGUAGCUGCUACUGAUGUUAAUAAGGAUGGUUUGGUUGAUCUGCUGGUUGGAGCUCCUCUCUUCAUGGACAGAGGGUCAGAUGGUAAACUGAAGGAAGUGGGACAGGUGUCUGUGUACCUGGGUCGAGGUGGAUUUUCCUUUCAUCAACCUCAGCUGCUCACUGGGUCAGAGCGCUACGCCAGAUACGGCUCUGCCAUCGCAGCACUGGGAGACCUGGACAUGGAUGGCUACAAUGAUGUGGCCAUCUCUGCUCCUUAUGGAGGAGGUCUCGAUCACAACGGCUUGGUGUACAUUCAUAAUGGCCGUUCGGCAGGGCCUGACCCGACACCUUCCCAGGUCCUGCAAGGGAAAUGGGCCUCCAGCUCCAUGCCUGCUAGCUUUGGAUACUCCAUUACUGGAAAUACUGACAUAGAUCAGAAUGGAUAUCCAGAUUUAAUAGUAGGAGUGUUUGGAGCAGACAAAGCAGUUUUAUACAGAGCCCGUCCAGUGAUCAGUGUGAAUGCUACAUUAGACAUGACACCUCAGAUCAUCAACCCAGAGGAAAAGACCUGCAUGCUUCCUGGAACCACCACAUAUGUGUCCUGUUUCAGGGUGAAGUACUGUCUGAAAGCCAGUGGCAGAGGAGCUCCAGCCUCUCUCAAUUUUCGUGUGGAGCUCAUUUUGGACCGUCUGAAGCAAAAGGAGGCGACUAAACGUGUCCUCUUCCUGCACAGUCGCACCUUUCAGUACUCUAAGAACAUGACGGUGGCAAACGGCAAAGCCCCAGCCUGUGAGGAGCAGGAGGUCUUCCUCAGGGAUGAUCGUGAGUUUCGAGAUAAGAUCACUCCCAUCUCGGUGGUGAUGGAGUACAGUCUGGACUACCAGCGGGCUGCAGACCAAACUGGACUGCUCCCAAUCCUGGACAUGUCAGCCCCGUCCAACGUCACCAAGCAGGCUCACAUCCUGUUGGACUGUGGAGAUGACAACAUCUGUAAGCCUGACCUGAAGUUGUCAGUGAAGAGUGACCGUGAUCAGAUCUACAUUGGGGAUGAUAACGCUCUGACUCUGGAGAUCAGUGCUGAAAACCAGGGAGAGGGAGCCUACGAGGCCGAACUCCAUGUUUACCCUCCACAACAGGCUGACUUUACUGGAGUAGUCCGCAGUCAGGUCCUCUCCAGGCUGUCCUGUGCUUACAAGAAGGAGAACCAGACCAAAAUGGUGGUGUGUGAUCUGGGAAACCCUAUGAAAGGAGGAACCAAGGUGCUGGCUGAGUUGCGCUUCAGCGUACACCAGCUGUCGGAGGAGGACACUUCUGUCAAGUUUGAUGUGCAGAUGGUCAGCUCUAACCAGUUCAACAACACCAGUCCUCGAGUGUCCAGCAUCACCAAGUUGGCAGUCCUCGCCAAAGUCUCCAUCAGAGGGACAUCGUCUCCUGGUCAGGUGCUGCUGCCCAUCGCUAACUGGAAACCUAAAGAGCCUCCUGUAGUUGGAGAGGACAUUGGACCACAAAUAGUGCACGUCUAUGAGCUCCAGAACAGUGGGCCCAGUACUUUCAGUAAAGCCACGCUGGAUGUGGAAUGGCCGUACCAGUUUAAGAAUGGCUCUCUGCUCCAAAUCAUCAGCUACGACACAGAGGGACCCAUCAACUGCACCACCGACAUGAAGAUCAACCCAUCCAACGUCUCGAACCCGCUGACCUCAGAGAAGAACACCACUGUUGUCGCACCACCCAGAGAGAGAGAGACUGAGGGACGAAACCGAAACCACAUCCGCAAGCGAGACCUGGAGUCAAGAGACGCAGAUAACGACCUGCCAAUUCUGGACUGCAACACAGCAGAGUGUGGACGGCUGAGAUGUCAGGUUGGUCGUUUGGAGAGGAAGAAGAAUGCCAUCCUCUUCAUCUACUCCAGACUGGAUGUCAAAAACUUUCUCAAGACUGAGAAUCAGAAUCGUUCAUAUGUGGUUCGAUCUACGGCCUCGUUCAAUGUCAUAGAGAUGCCAUACAAGAACCUGAAGUCAGACCCACCAUCCAAUAGUACUACUGUGAGUGUAUCAGUGAUAUGGGUGGCAGAUAUUCCUCAGCCAGUACCUGGCUGGGUGGUGGCUCUGGCUGUACUGGCAGGACUGCUGCUGCUGGCACUGCUCAUCUUCAUCAUGUACAAGUUGGGUUUCUUUAAACGGGUCCGCCCCCCACAAGAGGACUGCACUGAGAAAGAACAGCUGCAGCCAGAGGAGAACGGCAAUACUGAUGCCUAGAGGCCAAACUCUGAACUGAUCUGGUCUGUUGUAGAGAAUAGAGGAAAAGAAAAUUCAGGGUAAAAUGGUUGACGAUGGAUAUGAGAUAAAUUCACUGUAUUCACUGUUGAAUGGCAGAUAAUGGUAGUGGUUACUUUUUUAAUAAUGGUUUUGUUUUUACCUGCCAAGUCAUGUUUGUGCCAAAAGAGAAGCUCAAGUUAGCUCAAGUAAUCAAGUAGACUCUUUUUAGUUAAGUUAAAGCAACAGUUCCACAUUUUGGAUAAUAUGUUUUUUUCUUUCUUGCUAAAACUUAGAAAUGUGAGUGGUAUUAAUCAUCUCAUCUAUGUGUUCAAUAUGAACCUGUGGCUAGUAGCCAGUUAGCUUAGCAUUAAGGUUUCAAAUGGCUUACCUGGCUCUAUCCAAAAGUAAAAGAAUCCACCUAGCAGAACCUGUAAAGCUCACAUGUCAAAAUGUAGCUUCAUACAUGAACUCCCAAAAUGUUGAACUGUUCCUUUACCACAGUGACCAUCAGUGCUUCAUGGCUCAACACUUUGAAAUCUUUUUGUUAGUAGUGUAUGGGGGUAAGAGGCUUGUGUCUGCAGUGCUGGUAGAACUCAGCCUGAUAUUAAAUUUGCACAUUGUUUUUGUUCAGACCUAAAGUGAGUGAUGAGCUGUGAGUGCUUGUGUUACCUUGUACGUCCAGAACUGCUGAUACAUUCAAAUCAUUUUUCAACUUGUGUCAUGACUCGUGUGCUCUGAACCAGCAGCAUCAUCUUCUAAACAACAGCAACAUUGUGACUCAAAGGUUUGUUGGAGGAUCUCUGUAAGCUUUGCUGGUCUUCUUCAGGUCCUUGUAACAAACAGUUAAGAAAACCAGUCAAAACAGCCUGCAGUUUAAACACAGUAUUAGCAUGGGGGAGAUGAUUUUAAUAAUUAAAGUUUGAAUAUUAAAAAAAUGCCAUGAGAACAAAAAACAAACUAGCAUCCUGUCUAAGAGGAGAGGAGAGGUGGAUAAAUAGUUCUAAAUACAGAUGAGAUGAUGAAGCAGAGGAUUGUUUGUACAUGACAGCCUUCAUCCUUCAUCCUGGUUAAAGCACAGCCAUGUUGGUGAGAUGAGGUGAAUUGUGUUGUCCACUUCCAUAUUUUCUCACAUGUGAUCAUGUGUGAGACCGACAUGAAUAAUGGACAGUCAGCAAUAAGUUGAAUAGAAGGUGGGUGAUCAGCUGUACCCAUGUCUCUAUUUUUUGAUAAAGAUGGUUUAGUUUACUAUGAAAUUGGAUAAGUGUUGCAGUAAUAUAUUGACCCUUAGGUAUUUUCUUGUGUGUGUGUGUGUGUGUGUGUGUGUGUGUGUGUGUGUG